GGCAAGAUUAUAUGGAAGGAGGCAGUCCUUAAGGAAAUACUGGUGACGCCUCUUUUACCUUGUUCCUGGAAAGCCCAUCACAGCACUAUAGUGAGAGUUGACCACUUCAUGUUUGGUUCAGGUUCCUUCAUCCUCCGUGGCUCCUCUGAUAGAAAUGCCAGGCUCUGGACCCCAGAAGCAAAAUUUGUGAGGAACUUUGGGCGUGAAAAGAGAUGGAACCUGAAAAAGCCAUCGGUAUAUGCCCAUUCCAAAAACCCAUGGAGUCACAUCCAAGGUGAGAGAAAAGAUAAUAAAAAGAAGAGGGCAUCAGCCACACUGCCGGUAUUUGAGGGUGAACACCUCUUCAGUACAAGUGAACCUCUCAAAAGUACAGACCAAGAGGCUGUUGAGCAAGCAGAUCAUGGGAGCAGCAGUGAGGGUACUAAGGACAGCAAGGUGGAGGCAAAGGAGCGGCAGACACAGGAGCCUCAGUUACCCAGAAUUGAUCAUCCCCAACGAGCAUCUCCCAGUCAGGCUGCUUCAGAGGACAUGGUGCAAAACCGGCUGACAACACCACAGUUGAGCAGUAUCCUAUCACAAAGGAACCAUGAGAGCCUUUUCAAACACAAUCUGGAAGAAGGACUCCUGAGAAGAAUAGCAAGGAGAACAGUCCGUCGGCGUGUCUUUGGAGAAAUCAAUCCCCAAAAAGUCAACCAGUUUGGGACAGCCUGUUCACCUUUUCAUGCGCUGGCAACUACGGAGAUAGAGAAUUUAACCUUUCCCAGCAACUUACCCAUGACUGCACGGAUGAUGAGCAAGGGAAUAGUUUGUACCACAGAGUCUGACUUAAAAUCUAUGCAACUGACAUUCCCAGAGCUGGAUGGAGAAUCUGUAGAAGAGUCCAUGGCAAGUGACAGAAAGAAAGCACUGGACCAAGCCAAAAAGUCUAAGCUGCCCCCCUUGAUUAAACUUUCAAGAUCUCAACUCUCUGAAAACAAGAAGACUUCAGGUUGCCGUCUUCCCUCAGUUCCCACAAUAAUUGCAUCUGCAUCACUAAAGUGGGGAAAGUAUUAAUAUUUACUUAAGAGAGCCCACAUGGUUUCUAUCAAAGGGUGCCCAAAUGCUCUGGUCUUGGUAUUUGGGCACGGAUCACAACGUUUCAGUCAUUUUGAAGCUAAGCACUUCUUUGAAACAUUAAUGUUCUUGGGAAAGAACAUUUUUAUACGUUGUAUCAGCAGUGCAAAAAAAAAUCUAAAUAAUCAAUUAAUGCAUGUGUGGGCCUCUUUGGUGGGCAAAACUGAAAUCAUUUUAAUCCGUUGCAUGAGCCACCUGGAUAAAGCAAGCAUGUUUUUCCAGGGGUGCUAAAUGCACCUUUUAGUCUGCAU